UACUAAUUCACUGUUUGGUACACAUUUUAAUGCUUCGAUAAACAACUCAGAUGGGUUUUCGAUUCUCACGACUCUAUUGAAUUUCUUGCCUAAUAAGCUCCAGAAACAGCAAGUAUUACAAGAAACCAAACUGCAAGUGUCACCAGUCGCUUACUUUGGAAGAGUUACAAAGGGAUCCUAGACUUUGGGCAGAGAAAGGUUGCUAUAAAGCGGUUGAAAUCAGGGUCCAAAGGAAUCAAGGAGUUCUACUUUCCCUGUUCCAACACAGAAUUUUAGUUUAUUUCAGUGGCUAUUGCGAUGAAUGUGAGGAGAUGAUCCUAGUUUAUGAUCUUAUGUUUCGUGGAAACCUUGCAGAUCAUCUACAUAAAAGAUCUAGAUCCUUUUUCAUGGGCGCAACGCAUCAAGAUCUGCAUUGGGGCAGCACGAAGUGUUGGGAACAAAGUUAUACAUAGAGAGGUCAAGACAAGACUAACACCAUUCUGCUGGAUGACAUAGAGAGUGUGAGAGCCGCCCGGUGGAAAUGAGGCCUUGCCUUGAUCAAAAGGGUCACGGGGUUCGAACUUCAUGGGCCUUGUCUUGAUCAAAAGGGUUACGAGGUGACCUGCUCCCGGACGCACACCUGAGUUGAAGAGACGGUGGGAAGAUUUCAUCAAAGGACAUCGGCCCCCAAACCGUGCGUAUCGCAGGAGUUCCCACCCACCAGAUUUUGUCGCUCGGUUAGUCAUGUAGUCAUGCGUUUUCGACUUAGAGUCAUGCAGUCAGCAACAAACAACUUUGAUGAGAAACUAGUGAUUGGAAAAGGCGGCUUUGGGAAGGUUUACAAAGGACUCAGAUACUUUGGCAACAGAAAAGUUGCUAUAAAGCGGUUGAAAUCAGGGUCCAAUCAAGGAAUCAAGGAGUUUCGCACAGAGAUUGAGAUACUUUCCCAGUUCCAAAACUGCAACAUAGUGCCUUUCAUUGGCUAUUGCGAUGAAUGUGAGGAGAUGAUCCUAGUCUAUGAACUUAUGUCUCAUGGAAGCCUUGCUGAUCAUCUGCAUAAAAGAUCUAGAAAAGGUGAUACCUCGUUACGUCCUCUAUCAUGGAUGCAGCGGAUCAAGAUUUGCAUUGGGGCAGCACAUGGACUAGACUACCUUCACAGUGGUACAAGCAUUGGGAACAGAGUUAUACAUAGAGAUGUCAAGAGUAACAACAUUCUACUGGAUGACACUUUGGGAGCUAAAAUUUCAGACUUUGGACUGUCGAAAAUAGGUCCAGCAAAUCAGACGUCAACAUAUGUAAGCGCUCAUGUCAAAGGCACACAUGGUUAUCUAGAUCCAUACUAUGUUUCGACUCACACAUUAUCUACAAAAUCUGAUGUCUACGCAUUUGGUGUUGUGUUAUUUGAGGUCUUGUGUGGAAGACCAGUAGUGGAUACGAGUCUAGAUGAAGAGCAAAUGAAUCUAGCUAAUUGGGCACAACACUGCUUCAAAGAGGGGAUCCUGGACAAGCUAGCUGAUCACAGAAUCAAGGGGAACAUAUCCUUUAAUUCCUUAAAAGCAUACGUGGACGUUGCUAUCAUGUGUUUGAAUUUCCAGCCGAAGCUCCGUCCUACUAUGGCUGAUGUUCUGGCGGGUCUUGAAUUAGCUUUGACAUUGCAAAAAAAAAGUGCAUAUUAUCCUUUAGUCGAUAUAUUGCCUAUUGAUCAUACCAAAGACGUAGAUUAUUUGAUACAUGAGGGGAACGAUGCUAACCACAGGGUAGAAUAUGAAUAUUCAGAAAGGACUAUAUUGUCUAAUGGUUGCCAUCGCAAAAAGCCGUCUUCUGUUGGGAUGACAUUCGGGAAAAGGAUAAUUGGCCUUCUUUCAGUCAGAGCUCGGGCGUUCUCAGGCAAUAGAAAGAGUCCCAUCAUUAAAGUUCUGCAACCAUCAAAGUUAAAGAAUUUCUCAUUUGAUGAGCUUCGUGUAGCUACUAGGAAUUUUCAUCCUGACAGUAUGAUUGGUAAUGGUGAUUAUGGUGAAGUUUUUAAGGGCUGGGUUGAUGAGAACACAUUUGCUGCUGUAAAACAGGGUACUGGCCUUGUCAUUGCAGUAAAGAAAUUACAUUCCACUAGUUUCCGGCGGUGGUUGGCAGAAAUCAACUCUCUGGGGAAUCUCUGUCAUCCUAAUGUUGUGAGAUUGCUCGGGUACAGCUUUAAAGAGGAUGAUCAACUUCUAGUAUAUGAAUUCAUGCCUCAGGGCAACUUGCAAAAGCAUUUGAACAACGAAGAAAGAGGACGGGGAUCAAUGGAUUGGCCAAUGCGCUGCAACAUCAUAAAUGGUAUAGCUAGAGGAAUCCUCUAUUUUCAUAAGAGCUCUAGACCGAGAGUCAUCAAUAGAAAUCUGAACCCCGGAAAUAUUCUACUUGACUCUGAGAUGAAUCCAAAAAUUUCAGACUUCGGAUUAGCCAGGGUUUUUGGGGAAAGUGAAUGUAUAUUAAGCACAAGUCGUGUCUAUGGAUAUCCGGCCUACAUGUCUCCAGAGUAUGUAAACGGGAUAGUGUCAGAAAAAUCUGAUGUCUACAGCUUCGGUGUAAUAGUGCUAGAGAUAAUAUGUGGAAUGAAAACGAAAGAUUUUUAUGGCCACAACCUUUUCAUUCUCAGUUAUGUGUGGCGUGUCCAUCGAGAAGGAAAACAUUUUGAAGCAUUGGCUGAGAUAGGCAUGGGAUCAUAUGAUCAAUCUCAACUGAUUCGAGCAAUUAAGAUUGGGCUAUUGUGUGUGCAACCACGUCCAGAAGACAGGCCGACCAUGUCCAUGGUGGUUUUGAUGCUCACUAGUGAUAUUGAACUGCCUCAGCCAAAGGAUCCCAGUCUUGACCUAUACGAGAACAAUUUUAACAUGAACUUAGACCUAGAUAACAUUUCUCAGAAUUCUUUGUCAACAAGUAGUGUACUCGCUCCUAGGUAGCAUGCAAAUUUCACCAUGUUUGUGCAUCUCUGGUGCUCAGACCUGCCCAGAUAUCUAAAAAUGAUGGAAAUUCGAUCAAUUCUUUAUAAUUUUUAUUUUUGGAUA